UUUCGGCUAAAAGAAAUUGGUAGAGGCUGCGCACUAACUAAACAAAUCAAACUACGAUUCAAGGUUCUAAUUUUCAAUUCUUUUUUUCCGGCGGUGACUGGCAGAAACCGUUUUCCGAUCGCGGGUGGCCUACCAUUGAUUCCGGCAAUGGCGAUGCUCAUAAUCAGCCGUCGUCUAUCGGGUCGAUCCCCGAUGACGUCGUCCAUCGCGGCGAACCUCAGAUGGUACUCGACGUCCUUCAGAGAAGAGAGGGAUACCUUCGGCCCCAUUCAAGUUCCUUCCGACAAAUUAUGGGGUGCUCAAACUCAAAGAUCCUUACAGAACUUCGAAAUUGGAGGUGACCGGGAAAGAAUGCCUGAACCAAUUGUACGAGCAUUUGGAAUUCUCAAGAAAUGUGCUGCUAAGGUAAACAUGGAAUACGGCCUUGACCCUUCCAUAGGGAAAGCAAUUAUGCAAGCUGCACAAGAAGUUGCUGAUGGAAAAUUAAACGAUCAUUUUCCGUUGGUUGUUUGGCAAACUGGCAGUGGUACUCAGAGUAACAUGAAUGCCAACGAGGUUAUUGCAAAUAGAGCAGCUGAAAUUCUUGGCCACAAGCGCGGUGAAAAGGUGGUUCAUCCAAAUGACCAUGUAAACAGGUCACAAUCUUCUAAUGACACAUUUCCAACUGUCAUGCACAUUGCAGCUGCGAUGGAGAUAAAUUCCCUAUUAAUCCCAAAAUUGAAACAGUUACACACGACUCUACAUUCAAAGUCUGUUGAAUUCAAAGACAUCGUGAAAAUUGGCCGUACGCACACCCAAGAUGCUACACCCUUGACACUUGGACAAGAAUUUAGUGGCUAUACUACACAAGUGAAGUACGGGAUUGAUCGAGUCUCGUGCACUCUCCCCCGAAUGUAUCAGCUCGCACAGGGGGGCACUGCUGUGGGAACUGGUCUGAACACAAGGAAAGGAUUUGAUGUAAAGAUUGCUGCGGCAGUAGCUGAGGAAACUAAUUUGCCAUUUGUGACGGCUGAAAAUAAAUUUGAAGCCCUGGCUGCCCAUGAUGCUUUUGCUGAAACAAGUGGUGCCUUAAACACAAUUGCUGUUUCACUCAUGAAGAUAGCAAAUGACAUACGUUUCUUAGGAAGUGGUCCACGUUGUGGUCUAGGAGAACUCAUACUCCCUGAAAAUGAACCUGGCAGCAGUAUAAUGCCGGGGAAGGUGAACCCUACACAGUGCGAAGCCAUCACUAUGGUUUGUGCUCAGGUUAUGGGCAACAAUGUCGCUAUAACAGUGGGUGCAUCCAAUGGCCAUUUUGAACUGAAUGUAUUUAAGCCUGUCAUUGCCAGUAAUCUAUUACACUCAUUGAGAUUGCUUGGCGAUGCCUCUGCUUCCUUUGAAAAGAAUUGUGUACGGGGAAUUCAAGCAAACAAAGAAAGAAUAGCUAAAUUAUUACAUGAGUCCCUCAUGCUCGUGACAUCUUUGAAUCCCAAAAUCGGCUAUGACAAUGCUGCCUUAGUUGCCAAGACAGCUCACAAGGAGGGAAGUACCUUGAAGGAUGCUGCCUUAAAACUCGGUGUCCUCAGUUCUGAAGAAUUUGAUACGCUUGUAGUGCCGGAAAAGAUGAUUGGCCCAUCUGAUUAAAUAUAUAUCUAGCAGAGCUUCUUAUGUCUUGUUCACGAGACACUAUGAAAAUUAUCGGGACAACACAUUGUUUUUUUCCGUAAGGUGGUUUUAUCCUGUUAUGGAGACAACAUUCUUGAGGUUUUUCUCGGUUGUGUGGUUUUUGCCUCCAGACUAAAAAGGUUAUUGGUGAGAAAAGCCUCCUCAUUGUUAUAACUUAGAAUAAAUAUGCUCCAGGGGAAUAAUAAUAUGUAAUCCUAAUUUUUGAAGUAAUAUUAAUCACAUAGGUUUACUUGCUCCUU